CUCCGACUGGCUGCCCCAUUUGCAAGAUGUCCGCUUGGGAGAGAGACAAAAAGCAUCUGAAUACAUAUCUGCACCUCGCCAAAAGUCGGAGCGGAGCGUCGAUGCAACUACCACCCGUAUACGUGUAGACAAAGGUCUGCAAGCCAAACUCCGUACAACUGAAAUGGCUACCCAGGUUUCGCCUCUUUUGAUGAAUCGAUUAGUUGAGGCUAAGCCUCAUCUUUUCUCGGUGCUUGUCGAUGCUACACCAUCCCUUGUCGAUGCGAGUAUUGAGGCGAUGCCAUGUCUCACUCAUGAGUCGGUGGGGGCUCAUCCGAACACGGUAUCCAGAGAAGUCGAUGGUUCUCUUUCGACAGAAACAAAAGCUGUUGGCACGAUGGUGCUUCUGGAUUAUCAGGAAUUACAAAACACUCAUGCACGCCCAUUCUAUGUAUUUCCAGCGACGCAUGUUCCUAUAAUCGCAGGUCUUUUUUCAUUCGCAUGGCGCGUCUUCAUCUCCUACCCUCUAUCGAUCCCUAUGCAUAUGAUUGAUAUGUCCCUGUCUAUGCUUCAUACCCAAAGAAAGAAGUACAUGAAUGAGGCGGAGCCUGAUAAUCACGCAUCGGCCUCCCAUUCGAUUCCUUCCUCUGAUCUUCUCGAUCACGAUACUCCUCCUGUUUGUCUAUGAGAUCUUUAAUACAAUGGACUUUUUUACUCAUUGUUACGGUGCUGGCACUUAUGUAGGGUUAUUAUCAUGGACAAUUGUCUCGCGCACAAUCGAAUACUAUAACUAUACGAGGCGCGAUUCCUGACGUUGAAAGUAAUUUAUUAAUGAAU